AAUCAAACGAGCGAACGAAGCGCCACCCAUCUCUCGUGAGGUUUAAUAUGAAUGCAGAUUUUGGUUGUUGUUACGUUCCCUCUUUCCAAUCUGUUUAAUAUUUAAUGUUAUUCUUUCGAGCGUGAGUGUUUUAUUGCAAGCCAACAAAAGCAGUAAUGUGUCUUGUGUCGUGUGUAAUCCGGCGAAAAUACGUUCCAGAAGUCCGGAUCCUGGUCUAAGUUACUUUUUUUUGUUGGAAAUCUCCAAUGGAACAAACCUAAAACAUAUGUUUCCCUGUUUGUUUGCAUACGAAGUUGGGUGGGUGAGGAAGUUGUGUCGAUGGCGCGAUUUUACGCAUGCUCUUUCUAUGUUCGUAAUGUUUGUAUUGUUGUGUGCAUUUCGUUUGCGUGUGUUUUUUGCCUUUCCUUCCUCUUCUUUACUGGUUGUUUGCUGGCUUUAAAGUGUGUGCCUCUAGCGAGGACCCCCACCAGUGAGCAAUUGAGCAUCAGUUUAAUCGCAAGCAAUGGAGUCCAGCAGCCAGGAUAAUGAGCCAUGGUGUGAAGAAACGACAUCACUUUUAAUGUUUGACCAGGAAGAGGAAAUUACCGCCGCCCGUAGCAAUCCAAUCCGUCCAGCGAACACGGUCGUAGUCGAGGAGGACCCAACUCGCGAUGAGCAAGACGAUACGGCGCUUAUUUCCAUCGGUUCGCCCGGGUGUGGAUCGAGGCAACGGUGCAAUGGCGAACGGCGCAAGGAAUCGAAAAAGCAGGCUGUUGAAAAAGAGGACACAAAGGUGGAGAAGGAAUCCGGUGGGAAGCGACCGGAUGAGAUCGCAUUUGUGUCGAACGAUGAUCUGCCGGAUCCGGUGCUGUACGCGGACGGUUGCGUUGACGAUAACAAGAUCAUAAUGCUCUGCCAGCGCCAGGAGAUGGAGCGCCUGGGCAUGACGGUUAGUUCUGGUACGGUUGUCAUCAAGAAGGAUACCAGCAACCUGAUCGGCAUCAGCAUCGGUGGAGGCGCCCCAUUGUGUCCCUGCUUGUACAUUGUUCAGGUUUUCGAUGGGACGCCGGCAGCCCGCGAAGGGACGCUUCAGAGUGGCGACGAGCUUCUCGGCGUCAAUGGCGUCUCGGUUAAAGGCAAAACGAAGGUGGAAGUUGCCAAAAUGAUACAGUCGGCCACGGAGGAGGUGAUGGUACACUACAACAAGCUGCAUGCAGAUCCAACCCAGGGAGAAACGCUCGAUAUUGUGCUGAAGAAGAUGAAGCAUCGUUUGGUGGAACGGAUGUCCAGUAGCACAGCGGACACGUUGGGCCUUUCCAGGGCAAUCCUUUGCAAUGACUCUCUCGUCAAACGUUUGCAGGAACUGGAACGAACGGAGACAAUGUACAAGGGACUGGUCGAACACGCACGAAGGAUGCUCAAAGCACACUUUGAUGUGCUGCAGACGUACCAAGCGUUCGGGAACAUGUUUGCCUCGAUCAGUGUCCGCGAACCACAGCCGCGUGCAUCGGAAGCGUUCCGCAUCUUCGGUGAGCUGCACCGCAACAUGGAGAAGGACGGCAUCAAGAUGAUCAAGUCGCUUAAACCCAUACUUGCCGACAUGGGAACGUACCUUCAUAAAGCCAUCCCGGACACUAAGCUCACGGUAAAGCGCUAUGCGGACGCAAAGUUCAGCUACCUAUCCUACUGUCUCAAGAUAAAGGAGAUGGACGACGAAGAGCAUGGGUAUGCCGCGAUCCAGGAACCACUGUACCGUGUAGAGACGGGCAACUACGAGUAUCGUCUCAUUCUACGCUGCCGGCAGGAUGCUCGCUUAAAGUUCGCCAAGCUGCGCAGUGACGUGCUGGAGAAGAUAGAGCUGCUGGAGUGUAAACAUGCCCGGGAUCUUGCCAGUCAGCUGCGCAAGUUCAUCGAAGGACUAGCUACCCUUGCGUCGGAAACGGUCGAACGGUUGGAAAGCAUUCCGAACCUAUUCCCCAUCGAGGUGGAUCUGAAGGCGAGCGCGUUCCAGUACAAGUCGGCGAUCAAGUUCCAAGCGGAAGAGUACACGGACGAUGAGGUGCCACAGGCAGAGGAGGCGAUCGAGCAGCUGGAAUCGUCAAAAUCAGGAAAAUCCGGUGAGACUGGAGAGUUGGGAAUCGAAUCGAAUGGAACCGAGAGCGGGGCGCAACUGUUGGGUGGGUUUGAGGAAAUUGAUCUGAGCAAGGGCACUUCGACGGCAGCAUCGGAGAACGAUCUACUGAACGAGCUGGGACUUGCGGGCAUCGAUCUGUCCGUCGGAAGCAAACCGAUCAGUCACAAUCUGAUGGAUGAUCUGCUCGUGCCGGAGUUGUACAAGUAAUUUAAUUUGAAUGGGACAUGAUUUUUGUUUUAACCAGGAAUAAACUAUAAUAACAGAAGUUUCUCGGACGAGCGGAAUAAUUGAAA